AUGAGGGGCUCUGAGGAGGAGGAUGAUCCAGAUUCUGGCCGGAAAGAAUUUGAAGAAGAAGAAGAAGAAGAAGAAGAAGAAGAAGAAGAAGAAGAAGAAGAAGAAGAAGAAGAAUGUGUAGAAGUUAAAGAAGAAGGAGAGAAGGCCUCCUUCCUAAUUAUACCCGUCUACGGCUCCAUGAUCCAGCUGCGACGAGAGAAGACAACACUACAUCCUUCAGGCCAGCUGGAAGGAGAAGAAGAAAGAGAGGAGAGAAAUAAAAAGAGAAUAGAUACAUACAAACACAGAGGACAAGCAGCUUCCCAAGGAACCCCCCGUCCAGACAUUGAUGCCGCCCUCCAGCGCCUACAGCAGAAGGAUUACCGCAAGAGAGAAAGUGGAAUACUUAAGAAACUUGUGAGGCUUAAUGGAGGAAGUUUGAAAAUUCCCCGAAAAAAGAAUGAUUUCAUCAACCUCACGGAAUAUAAACCGACACCCGAAGAAGAAGAUCUCCUUAAUCUUGGGCUCAAUACCCACAUGACAAAAAGCCAAACCACACGCCAAGCGCCUGGAGGUCGAAGUCCUCCUUGA